GUAUCGCCUAAAACCGGAGCGUUGUGCAUCUCCCCGCUCAUCACUGUCAUUUCUGACUCUAUAUUACUCUCACUCUUUCAAUAGUUUAAUGUGGUUCAAUGUGGUUUAAUGCACGGUGCUUUAAAGAUGUCUGCUGCUGUAGGAAGAGUUUUGUCUCAGCAAAUGAGACAAAGCUUAAAAGUACUGAAGAGUUUAGCCGGGAAGAAAAAUCGAUGUUUCUCAGCCAGUGUACCAAUUCCAAAAGAAGGGUCAGUAAGCAAUAAUGAACAGAAAUCAGUGAAUAGAGGGAAAUCAGCAGAUCCUUUGGAAUGUCGUUUUAUGUAUCCGGAAUUCUUACCAGAUCCAAAGCCAGAAUAUCGAAAUUCUCUUAGAGAAAAGUUAGAGCGUGCAGAUAUGAUGGCAAGAAGAAGUAAAAUCGAUAUUCCUGAAUUUUAUGUUGGAUCAAUUUUAGCAGUAACAGUUUCUGACCCUCAUGCACCUGGAAAAAGUAAUAGAUUUGUUGGAAUUUGCAUCAAAAGGAGUGGUUGUGGCCUUAGAGCUAACUUUAUACUUCGAAACGUUGUUGAUAAUCAAGGGGUAGAGGUUCUUUAUGAAUUAUAUGAUCCAACCAUUCAGAAAAUUGAUUGUUUGAGGCUUGAAAAAAGACUAGACAAUGAACUAUUGUAUCUCAGAGAUGCCCCAGAAGAGUAUAGCACAUUUUCAUUUGAUAUGGAACCUGAGAUUAUACCUGAGGGUACUCCAGUUCCAGUAAAUGAUCUUAAGGUAACGUUAAAACCUCAACCCUGGCUAGAGAAAUGGGAAAGAAAAGAUUUGAAGGGAGUUCGAGACAUAGUGGUUAAUCAAAAACGUGAAAUGAAAGCCAAAGCUGCACUUAAGCCAUGGGAAAAGUAUGACCUUAUGAAAAUUUAUAGAGAAACUAUACCCGAAGAAGAGCAAAAAGAAAUCUUUGCAGAGGUCUAUUCGGAUCUUCACAAUCUUGAGAUUACACGACAAAAAAUGAAGAGACAGCGCACAUUCAUACGACCGAAAAAGUCGGGCUAACUGUAUAUUAUAGAUAUAAAAGUUGCACAUUGAGUGUAUUUACUGCAUUCUCAUAAUGCAAAUUAUCCAAAUAAGUAAAUACUUAAUACGAACGGAUGCACAUAAAUAGUAUUUUAAAUAAAAGUAAGACACACUAUUUUCAGCUGUGUCUAGAAGAAAAUACCGAAAAACUUCUUUAUGUAUAGCCUUAAUUAUCUGAAGGAAACCAGCAAAAAAUAUAAAAUUUAAACAGAGAAGCAACCCUUUUAUAUACAAAACUUAUAAUGCUGUGUCUUAGAUUUUACAAGUAUCGUUGACUAUCUUUUUUAAAUCAUUUUUCAAUAUACGUCAACAUAUCAUAUUAAAUA